ACGACAGGGCAACAGAAAUGCUGUGCUUAGAGACUGGAGCAUUGCCACCAGCGAAAGCCUGAAGUUUUGGAACACAAAUCGGAAUUUAUUCAUGUUAAAGGGAAAAUUUGGUUUAAUUCGCCACCCGAAUCUUGUAAAUCAAAGAGAAACACUGAGAAACGUCGAAGAGGCUCUUUGUAAAAAGGAGAGCAAAAGACACGGGAGGAAUACCCGAGCCAUCGGGAAGAAGAGACAUGAAUUUAAAUGACUUUGUGGUGCUUCCUAACAACAAGGCCAAAUCUGUCAAGCUCAAUGCCAGGAACCUGCAAGAACUGCAAAUGGGGACUGUGACGCUGGCUAAUGAGAGUAAAGAUGUGGAGGAGAAACUGCGACAACUGAAAGACAGCAUGAGUAAAGAGAAGGAAGAGAGAGGACAGUCAGGAAGGUUUAGAUGGACGUCUGGACAGUGUGGUUCUUUAAGCAGCAAUUCUCCAACAAACAGCUCCAUGAAGAACAAGGAGAACAAACUCCAAAAGCUGUCAGCAGGCAAAAUGAAGAUCCGAGUAUUGAAGGACGAGACACCGACAGUCCCACAUUUACCACCGCCUCACCUCCCUACCAGUGGUCUUCAAAGAAAAAUUAAACUGAACGGAACAAUAUGUGGACAGUGUGAAAUCAAGACAGCUGGACUAAUGUGUUCUGAAUGCGCUGAGAACUACUGCAUUGGCUGCUUUGCCAGGUUUCACCAGAAGGGGGCACUGAAGCUCCACAGAAUGAUCCCCAUUCAGACAGACUUACAAACCCAUGUGAGCACUCGAGAUGUUGUCAGCUGCUUCCAAAGGCAGAUUAACCGCAGCUCCCAUCCUGGUACCUUUACAAGUCCUAAUCCCAGUCCCAAUGCCAAACAGAAUUCCAAUCACAUUAUCACAUCCAAUGCAAUUACCAAAGAAGGAGGAGAUGAGAACCCAGAAAAAGGAAUGGAGGCUUGGGAUAAACACAUGAAAUUGCACCUUGAUGGCUGCCAGGUGUUAGUUGUGAAUCAUGGUGAGGAGAAAACGGUGGUGGGAAGGACUGAAGAUGGUAAUAAAGGAUACCCCUCCCCUCUUCUGAGUGGGGAGUACAAUGAAGAGGAGUCUGCAAGAUCUUUCCAGGAGGCUCUCAGACAGUGGAGAGGAGAGAAGAGUGAUGGAGGAGGAGGAAAAGAAACCAUGACAAAUGCAAUGUUGAUUCCUGUCCAACCAGUAUCAGUGUCAGCUAUGGCGACCCAGGCUGACCUCCCUCCAGACAGAGAAGCUGAAGGACAAAGAAGAGGAGGGAGAGACGAUAGGCUCCCUGUCAAGAUGGAGUUCAAAGAAAACAACCUUAUCCACAUGGACAGAUUACGUCUGAAGAAGCACCGCAGAACACCAACUGAAACUUAUCAUCCUCCAGUGGCCUGUGGCACAGAUUUAAAAUCACAACCGAAUAUAAACACUGAGGAGGAGACUGCAAGCAGCCUAACUGCCGAGGAAGAAGAUUUUCGUCGCUACUAUGCAACACUGUUCACUGCUCCUGUCAGCAGGGGCAGGACUGAGCCACAGAUUACUACGCCUGAAUCGUGCCUUGUCAUAGAAGUCCUGGAUGAGACAUGCAACGACACAAAGGGAAUCUGUGCUGCUGAAAAGAGGACAGACGACAGCAAAGAGAUUCCCUCAGUUCAACCGAUUUUAGGAAAGGAAGAACACUGGAUCCCCAAACAGCCCUCGACAAUAGUGGGUCCUCAAGAAUGAGUCACUCUUCUCCUGGUCCAGCACAACCAUCCAGACAGACUAAAGCACAACCCAAAACAACUCAGAAGCUGCAUUCAUUCAAGCCUCGGACUUCACAAGCAGAGCUCACAGUUAAAUCAUUGCCCUCAAAAAGUAAGUCAUCAGCUUGCCCCACUGCUGAGACUUCAAGAACUUCAAAGGCCUCAAUCAAGACACCAACCUCAAAGUCACCAAGGUCCAUUUUGUCUCCCACUAUUCAUAAAUCAAAACCUAAGUGUGGAUCGCCACAGCGUUUGUCCUCAUUACCACAUUCCCAGUCCCAAAUCCCCUUAUUUUCAGCUGAUGUUUUCGCUUUGGCUAGUAACAGUUCACCAGAGGAGGAUCUCUCCCUUUCUCCAUCCAUAUUUUUCCCCCUUAGGUCUACUUUCACAGUAUCACCAUCAAACUCUACUGAUCCAACUUUAUUGCCCAAAGUUUACCAUUCAGCUCCAUUACGAGAAGACUCAGACUCAUCUCUCUUGGCAGAACAAUCCCAAUCUUCCCACUUAUUCGCAGAACCAAUCUCAUCUUCAAAGCUUUGUGAAUCACCGAGAAGCAAUCUGAUGCCCCGACGGCAAUCUCAACAUUUCUCAUGUGACCAGGAGUCUGUUCUAUUAGACAAUCAACUCCAGCUGCCUCUGUCACCUGUGUCUGCCAGUCCACACCCAUCACCAAAAUCCCUAGAGCCAAGUCUUUCGCAAAUAACCCUUGCACCAUACGCGGGACCUGUAAAAACCCUAUCAAGUUUAUCUUUACUUAAUGAGCCCCCUCCUGAUGAGUAUUCUACAAACAAAUCAACUCCAUCAUGUGGAGACGCUGCAGUUUUUGUGUCCCCUACCCCAGUAUCUGGUGACCACAAAUCAACUUUAUCACAUCGGGAUAGACAUUGUACUCCAUCAUCCCAUUUCUUAAAUGUCAUCCAGAAUCCUUCUGCAGCUGUGAAAAUGGAGGAGGAGGAAGAGGAGCUAUUAAUAGACAGUGGAGACGAAAUGUCCAGCGAUAGCCUGGGUGUGGUUCACGAGAAGAAGACUCUUCAGACAAGGAAGCACAGAUGCAAGGAUGUUUAAUGAGGGAGAGAUCCAUGGAAGAGCAAGAGAAUCUGCCAGAUCUCAUCUACAAGAUUCCUUUGUUCCUGUGGAGGCAGAAGAGAAAAAGAUUCAUGGACCUGAAUAAGCCAGAACAGCUGCCAGAACCAUCCUUGGUGAUCCACAACCAGAAGUGCUGGGUUUCGAUCACAGCAGUUAUGUGAUCUAGACUGGUUUUCGCCCCAAGGUUUGGACAUGCACACUGGUCACUCCGACACACCAGAAGAUGCACACUGUGACCCAAUUCACACAUGCCAGUCUUCACAACAUGAUUCAGACCCAACAGUAGGUUAAAGAGGGAAAGUUUUUCAAUGUGUGAUAGGAUGUGCGCUUGGAAUUUUCUGCUUCAGUUUCUGUGAAAGCUUCUUCAGUCUGGAUCAUUUUUUUCCUACCAUCAGAAAGUGUCAUUGCUGUUUUUGUGCUUCAACAGGUUAGAUUGCGAAGAUUACCUCUGUGUCCAGCUCUUGCCUGGAGAUACUUUCCAAUUUGCAAGCGUUAUUCAUAUCACAAAGGCCUCAUAAUAGGAUUUAGAGCAAAUAUGUAAAAAUGUAGAGCUUACAAGAGACAUGAAAAUGAGUUUUAUACCCAAAGGAGUCCUGGGCUGCUUGGUGAAAAAACAGAGAUGGGGGACAACACUGAUAAUUUACUGCUGGUGGGUCCGAAGGGAGCUUCCUGAAA